UGCGACGACAGCUGUCGCAAUGCCUGGCCUGGAGAUUCCCGGCGAGUUCCUGCGGCAUGCUGUGCUAGACACAGUUGUGCCUCAUGCGCCCGCGCUCGACAUCGAGGGUGCCCUAACUUCAGCCCUGGAGGACGGCGCCGACGAUCUCCCCUCAGUUCUCUCUGCAAUUCCGCAGCGAUCCCUGCUCUUCUUCGACGAAUUCCUUCCCGUUCGCAUUGUUCUGAGACUCUCCGACUGCACAGAGUCUACCCUAAAGCAUUACCUGCCUCGUCUUGAAGUCAAGCUUGAUGUUUUCGCGGUCGACCCUGCCGAGUCUGUCGCGGAGAAUCCGACUCCGACCCGAGAGAUUAUCUUCUCUGGCUUGGUGAAUACCGAUGAGGAACCGUUGGUGGUGUUCAAUGAGUUUGAGGGCGACGAUGGGACGGGGAACCAUGUAUACCUCAUAUGGAAUAUCGAAACCUUUGUCAAGCGACCUCGGAACCGCAUUCAGCAUCCGUCGCUAUUGUUUAUGGCCUCGGCCAGCUUGAACCCUUCUGAGGCCUGCCGACCCGAGGAACCCGAAGACGAUUACCUCCCUCCGCUCAUUCCUGCCUCGACAAAUAUGUUGCAACCCUUGUCUGGCGACAAAUCCCUCUCCCAUAAAGAGCCCUUUCUCCCCGCGUCAAGACUAUUGCGCGUGGUACCGACAACCUCCAACGAGGACCCUAUAUACAAUAUCCAGCAGAGCCAUGGUCAUCCAUUCCGCGUGGUACCUGCUGCAAGUGCAAGGAUUCGAUAUUCGCGACUCAGCUCUUAUAAUGGUCUUCCCCAGACUAUCGCCAGUCUUGAUUUUGAAGUGACACCGUUCUUAAGCUGCGAAGUAUCAUUUGAUAAAGCAGAUAUUCGCCUGUCCGAGGGAACCAUUGAAUCUCUUUCAAAUACUUCAGGCCUUACCCUUCCUCUAACCUGCCGCCCUCGAGACGAUGUGACCUUAAUGUACAAGCUGACCCCCGAGUAUGGACCGGAAACCAAUCCAUCCUCGACUGCCAUCAUUAGCACGCUGGACAUCUCUCUCGGAGCGGCCAUCCUUCUAUCCGAAGACUGCAAGCCACGCAUUGCGAUGGAAUGGAGGACCAAUGUUGAUUUCUCCAUGGCCCUUAAUCCCACUUUUGGCGGCCCCAGCCAAGCUCUGCAGAGAACCAAUCGACCUACCAGCCUACCCAUGAACUCAAGCCAGCCGGGAGCGGCCCCGAACAACCGUAGCUCAUUACGGGAGCGAGCCUACUCUGUCACAGAUGUGGGUGUUACUAUUUCAUUCUCCGGACCGAGCCGCGUGCAAGUCGGGUCACCAUUUGCUUGGGGCGUGUUCAUUGUGAACCGCUCGAACAUCCCUCGGAAGUUCGCACUGAUUGCCAUUCCGCGGCGGAAACGUAUCGACCCUCGGGGCCAUGUUGCGCGACCGUCAUCUUCGUCCAUCUCGAGCCGAAAGGAGAACGAGGUGGCCGAGGCCGUGACAGACGACAAUAUCGUGCAUGCGAUGCAGAAAAAUGUGGCAGGACAAGAGGCCGAGCUUAUCAGUUUGAGUACUGAUAUCCGCGUCGGUCCUCUCCUGCCAGGAACCUGCCACUCGACUGAGAUCAAACUCCUUCCUUUGGCCACCGGCCCUCUUCACCUAGAGGCCGUGCGUCUUGUGGACGUGAACACGAAUGAAACGACCGAUAUUCGAGACUUGCCGGACAUUCUCGCCGACGAUCAGCCUCGAGCAUCUACAUAA